CGAACAAGCUAGCUAAGGGCAUGGCUUCUGGUGUAGUGGGCCCGGUGCUCCCGAACAUUGUCAUCUACGUGGAGGACGUGGCCAAGACGACGGCCUUCUAUGCCUUCGCUUUCGGCCACACCGUCCGCCGCCUCGACCACUCCCGCAAGUGGGCAGAGAUGGAGACCGGGUCGACGAUCUUGGCGUUCACCCCAAUCCACCAAAAGGAGACGGACCCGCACACGGGCAAGGUGCGCCUGCUAAAGGGGCCGCACGAGAGGGGGCCCGUGGAGAUCUGCUUCGAGUACGCCGACGUGGACGCGGCAUAUCGGCGCGCCGUGGACAACGGCGCGGUGGCCGUGAGCGCGCCGGAGCUGAAGAAAUGGGGACAGAAGGUCGGAUAUGUCAGGGACUUGGAUGGGAACGUGGUGCGCAUGGGAAGCCAUGUCCGCAAGUAG